AUGUCAUCAUAUUCUUACCAUAUACUAACACCGCUGGAGGAGAAGUCUUUGACAAACUUACCGUUGAAUUUGUUAUUCCGAAUACUGUCACACCUGGACAUGAAUGAUUUGCAAAGCAUAGGGAAAACCUGCACUCUGUUACGGAUGCUGGCAAAUGAAAACAUUGUUUACAGAAAUGCUCUUAUUGGUUCAAACGGGAACAUGUGGUGGACCAAAAAUGUCCUUGUUGAUGUUUUUGAUAUUUUGAACUUUAACAGAAAGGCAAUGUUAACUUUGAAAAACCACAAUAUAUCUGUGGUUGGAUCAUUAAAGAAUGUGCAGCAAAAGUACAAAUUAGGCACUUUAGAUCAAGUAAAGAAAACAAUAGGUUAUAAACAAAGAGAAUCCAAAAAAGAAGGAAAUGCUUCUUUCAAAGAUUCAAAUCUAGACCUAAGCAAGUGCUCGGAGACACCAAGGGAGCAGGUCGUCCAUAUGGCCGUAAUACAAGGAAUGAAUCACUUUAUUGAACUGAAUGAUAAAGCAUUCCAGACGCAUUCAGCUGAUUCAGAUGAUACAUACAUAGAUGAAAACAAUGAUGAGAUACAUUCCCUUCAUGAGUUGGAAAAAAACACAACAUUUGAGGAGGAUUUGGCUAAAAAGCCAUGUUUCACCCCAUCCCCAACGUUUUCUAAUUAUUCCAGAAGCUCAACUAAUUCUGUCUUUUCAAGUUCGUCUCCUAAACUUCUAGAUGAUGAUUGGAAUAAUAUCGCGGCUGAUUUCUCAAAAUCACAAGAUCCAGACUACAAAGAGACAACCCCUACAUCUACCGAAUCGUCUGAUUCAAUUACGAGAUUGAGAAAAUCUAGUAAAGUUAAGGAUAAAGCCGAGUUGUUUGAAAAGUUAAUUUUUAGAGAUAGCAGGCCAUUAAAAGCAAAGAAAAAAGACAACCCAAGAAUGAAACUACCUAGUUCGUUAAGUGUUAAUGACGAAGACUUUAGAAAGAUCAUAAGCCCUCCUUCUGAAAUUUUACCUAAAGCCAGCCGAAGAAGCGUCUCGAGAGGCUACUUAGAAGAAAUUGAAAGACGCAGUCCCGAUCAAACCAAUGAAAUGCUAAAUUCUUUGGCAAUUAAAAGAAUAAACAGCAGGAAAGUAGCAGACUAUGAGCAACUCAUUAAAAGAGAAAAUAAUAUUAAUACUGAAAAAGGGGAGGAGAAUAAUGAUGAAAAUAAACUUCAGAGGAGUCAUACCUCCCCAGUAAUAGAACCACUAAAACCUCACCAAAGAAGCAAACUCAAGGCAGUUGUCACAAAUGGUAGUAAAAUAAGCUAUCGUAAAAUUGAUUUAGAUAACUCGAAUGCAAAUGACCAUGUAAUUAAGCAACUUCAUACUAAUACUAAUUCUAAUAUAUAA